AUGAGUGGCGAAAAAGAUUCUUUGCUAGAGCUCUUAGAUCCACCUUUUCCUUUAGUUUACAAAGGAAUAUUGCCACCAGAUAAUCAUUUUCAAAUGAAAAAAUCAAGAUUAAGCAGAGAAUGCGCUGUUUGUGAAAGAGUUUUCUCUGUAUUCUUUUGGAUGUAUAAUGGAGUUCCAUAUAAAACUUAUAUAUGUCAAAUAUGUGCAAAAGCAGCUAAUGUUUGCCAGUGUUCUUUAUUAGAUUUAGACAUUGGAAUUCCAGUUAUAGUCAGAAACAAGUUAUUAAAAAUGCAGCAAGGUGAUUUCACUUCUAAGUACAAAAGAUGGUAUAACAACAGACUUGUUGAUCGCCAAAUCGAAAACGGGGAAGAAUGGAUGGAUGGAUCUCUUCGUGACAAGGUUUUACAUUUAGACCCUACAAUAGUUGCUGAAUGCCAACAAAUUGUUAAACAAGAUCCUUAUCUUACUUAUAAAAAAGCUACUGUUUGUCCAGAUUGGCUUGCAGGAAACUGUAUUUAUGGUGAAUCAUGUUUCUUCUCACAUAAAUUACCUCUUCCUGGUGAAAGUAGCCCAAAUUGUUCCAAAUAUGGAAUCAGAUCAAGAUAUCUUGGAACUCUAGAUCCAAACGGUUCAAUUGUCAUUGAUAAACUGCUUAACAUCAAUCCAAAUGCCUUUAAAUCAAAGCAGCAAGCUCCAGAACCAGAAGAAGUUGAAUUGCCAAAAUUUGAAGAGAAAAGGGUUGAAAAACCUAUAAUGACACUUCCUUCAAACCUUGGAGAAGCAUAUUCAUAUAGCGAACCUUUACCUUAUCCAUCCAAAGAAAAAUACGAAUUUCCUGAUUUUGUCAAUGGAGUAUUUAAGUUACCUGAUCAAUAG